AAACGACAAAAAUGCGUAUUGGUGAUAUUUUAAACCACUCUGUGUGUAUUGGCAAUUGAAAAAUACGCCAUUGUACAAUUUUAUACACAAAAACCAGAAGGACAGGAUAAGCUACGCAUUUGUGAAAUGGGACGUCACAAAAACGCCGCACAGGAAGCCAUUAUGAUAAACUUCAUGCAACAGUACCCCGGAAUUGCGUGUGGUACGAUUCAGUGCAAACAAAAGCGGAACGCGUUAUGGGAAGCUCUUGCAGAAAAGCUGAAUAGCCGGGGACCACCAAAGAAACCAAUGCAGCGGUGGAAGAAGGUUUGGAUAGAUUGGCGCGCAGCAGUAAGAAGAAAGAUCAUGUUUGAAAAAAUUGAAGCCAAUGCAUCAGUCGCACAGGACGACGAAACAUUAUAUAAAAAGACUACAUUAUCGCCUGCCGAAGGUGAAUUAGCUCGUAUAUGUAAGCUUUUUGAAGCUGAUGUCGACGUUGAUAACAGCUCAGACGUGCAAGAAGAUUCGAGUCCGAUCUCUGAGGGCACCGACACAAUUGUCAAAGACGAGUUAGUGUUCGACGAGGAAGAUGAUGAAAAUUCAAAAGAUUAUGAUGUUGCUGUUGGAGCUUGUGAAGAUAGAAGUAAUGAGAAGUCCACAGAGGCCGAAAACAUAAGUGUGCGAGAUUUCGCUCAAUGUCCAACUUCAAGUGGACUAAACAUUAAAGUAGAUAGUAGUGAGGAUAAGGUUGAAAUUAAAAAGCGCAAAAUUGAUGCAACAGCAACAGAAGAAAGUGAUGACUUAAUCAAGAUUUUAAGACAGCAAGCAACUGUGAUAAGUACGAUUACGAAGUUUCUUACAGAAAACGUCAAUUUGCAAACCGAAAAUUUCCGGGUUAUGAAUGAAAUAAGACAGGGCCUAAAGGAAGUUUGUAAGUCAAUAAAAACACUCAGUGACGUUACGAAUGAUAAUCUAAAGGAGCAACGCCGACACAACUAUGAAAUAGAGAAGCUGCAAAGAGAAGAGGUCUUAUUAGCAAAACAACAACUAGAACUGGAAGAAUUGAAGGUAUUUGGAAAUAGAAUGCACGAGUAAUUUCUACAGUAUUUUGAUAAAUUCCUUUAACUUUCUGUAAGUCAUAAGUCUGGAUUUUCAUUUUUUUUCAUUAUUUCGGCAAUAUGAAUAGUCUUUGCCUUACUAUGUAUGUAUUUCAUUUUCAUUUAAAUUUACGAAUGUUGACAUCAUUCCCAUUAAGUCGUAUUAAUUUUAAUGAAAUAAAAUAGAAAUUUUACAUAUAAUCUUAUGUUUAUGGCAGUAUCUGGUUGAAAGGACAAUGCGAUUCUGCUCUAUUAUAGGUGAAUAUCUAUUGUUAAAUAUACUGAAUGGUAAAAUUUGAGCAACCUCACAUACAUACAUACAUAUGAUGUCUUGCAUUAUCUUGAUACGCGGUUUUGUACUAUAAAUGCCGAUAUUUU